AUGGAUAUACUUGGAUUAAUACGUCGUUUACCUGAAAUAGUAGCAUAUAAUAAAUUCGAUGAUGAUUUUUUUGAUCGAUUAAAUUAUUCUCAUACAGUCGCUAUUUUAACUGUCUUUGCUAUUAUUGUUACAAAUCGACAAUUUAGUGAAAAUCAAAUUAAAUGUUGGGUUUGUAUUAUAAACAGUUCUUUAAAUUAUAAUCUUGAUUUUCUAUUUAU